UUUUCCUAUAAGAGUAAAGAAAUUGAUUCAUUAUAUUAUGUUUGUUCUAUAUAUUGUACAUAAUGUAUAUAAUUGAAUAAAGAAUUGAUUUCUAUAAUGGGAUUGAAACCUGAAAGUUACUCUUAAUACAUUUAGUAUACUAGAAGCAUGGGUGAUGGUAUAGUAAAAAAUGGUGCAUACAAAUAUGAAGAUGGUACAAAAUAUAUUGGAGAUUGGAAUGCAAAAGGAUUGAAGCAUGGUGCUGGUUCUUUAUUGCUUCCUGAUGGAACACGUUAUGAUGGAGGUUUUCAAAAUGGACUGUGUUCUGGUUUAGGAGUUAUAGUAUUUCCAGAUGGAGCAAAAUAUGAAGGUGAAUUUAUGCAAGGUUGGUUUCAUGGUCAUGGUGUGUUUUGGAGAUCAGAUGGUAUGAAAUUUGAAGGAGAAUUUCGUGGUGGCCGUGUGUGGGGAUUAGGAUUAGUUACAUAUGCUGAUGGAUCACAUGGUUUCCCUAGAAAUGAAGGUUUCUUUCAAGAUUGUAAACUUGUACGUCGUAAACAUUGCCCAGAUAUAGUACAGAAAGCACAGAAGAUUUCUAUGAUGGCCCGUACUCAAUGUAGUUAAUUAGCUACAUAUAAAAUAUAAUUAUAUUGAGUCUUAAUAAAGAGAUUUAAAAUAUA